AUGGGAGAUGAUAACAUGAGGUGCAAGGACCUCCAGCAUCGGAAAUUGAUUCAGGCUCAGCUGUCUGUUUCAGGAAGCUUUUCUCUCCUCCUCUUGGCGCAUUCAGGACCUCCAUCAGAAAUUGAUUCAGGCUCAGCUGUCCAUCCUAAAGCUUUUCUCUCCUCCUUUUCACGCAUUCCCCACCUCCAUCAGAAAUUGAUUCAGGCUCAGCUGUCCGUCCUAAAGCUUUUCUCUCCUCCUCUUUGCGCAUUCCCCCAGCACCCACCUCUCCCCUCACAUGCAGAUGUGCCCAGCGUGAACUCACGCCGGCCCAACCAAACAAACCCAGAUCCUGUAGAUGAGUCUGAGCCACCUAUUCCUGCAUUCCAGGGAGACUAUUUUGGAGCUUACAAUGAGGACAAGUUGGAGUGGCCUUGCUCUGAUCAACACUCUGAGCAGGCUGGUAGCGACUCUGACUCAGAUGUUGACAACUUGGAUAACAACUUGGAUAUCGAUGAUUCCCUAUUUGAACCUGAAUGGGAGGCACCAAUGCUAUUGCUACCUGAUACCUUUGCCUUUGAUGAUGCUGACAACACUGAAGUUCAUGAUGAUCAUGAGAUUCACAAUGCUCAUCAGGACAUUGAGGCACAUGCAUGA